UCGACUGUCGAAUCUACCUAUCCAUUAUUUUGAUUGUGCGAAUUACGUAUAAGUUUUUCAACGAUAAAAUCUAUAAAAUGGAUUUCAGGAUUAAAAUAUAUCUAUUUAUGUCUUGUUUGUAUUGUUCAAUAUUUCCAAUUUACGGUGAAGAUGUGUGCCUGAAAAAAAGUGCGUGCGUUUGUGAGUUUUCCAACGGCACCGGAAUAGAUUUGUCUUCGGCCAGUAAAUCGACAUUUUUUUCUGCUCAAACUUUUGAAGUAGCUCCAGCAACAAAUGCGAUUGAACUUAGUACUUAUUACUAUCAUCCUUGCUAUGACAUACUUCUAAAACCGAAUUCUACAACUGUUAACAAUACUUGUACAGUACCGACAGCCAUUUGCAGACACAGAGAAGUGCUUCAUGCUGUUGAUGGUACACCAGACACAUAUAAAAAGGAUCUAAAUGUGUAUGAUUUAAUUGGCAAUACUGAUAAAUCGGUAUUUAGUGCUAAAGGAGAUGCAAUAGUUUACACUCAUGGUCCAUCAAAUACAACAGUUCUCCUCAUUUGCUCUCUGUCUGAUGGUGAAUUGCAAAUUUUCUCUUUAGCAGAGCCAAAUAACCUUGUUCUAGCUUUCUACUCGCAAAGUGCUUGUUUAAAGCAAAUUGAUUCCGGAAGAUCUGUUGGCUCGACUUUGUUAAUAAUAUUCUUUUCGUUUGUCAUAUUUUACUUGGUCCUCGGAGUUUGCACCAAGAAAUUCCUGAUGGGUGCAACUGGUGUGGAAGUUAUACCCAAUCUAGGAUUUUGGACAGAUCUGCCCAAUCUUGUUAAGGAUGGAUGGGCAUUUAUGUUAAGCGGCUUCAAACUGCCAGCUCGUAGCGCUGGGCCUACACUGUCGCCUGACCCCAACAGCUAUGACAGCAUAUAACAUCAGACCGACGAGCCUCUAUCCGAGGGGCACCUCGUGCUCAUCGAGUGAAUCUUUGAUGAGCUACAUAUUAAAGGACAUUAGUGUUGAUGUGCUAACAUAUAUACAUUGUAAACAUUAUACACAAGUACAGUUAUUUCGAAUAUGAUCUGCUAUUUCAAGAUGUUUUAUCCUUUAGAUUUUACGUACAAUGAAAAAAAAAAAUUAAAUGUAUUGGUAAGUAAUCAAAAUAACACGUUUUUAUUAAUACAAAACAAAUAGAACUAUGCUAUAUUUCCUUUGCUUUUUAAAUCGAUCAAAUCAAAAUAGUCAUACAAUGCAUCAACAUUUCUUGUCUUUGUGUGUAGGCGUAUGCUGUUUUUAGCGCCAUUAAAAAACUAGACUUUUCAGAUAUAAGAAUUUUAGACACGUUUUAUUGUUUUAAUUGGAGCCGGCUUAUUACGGCAAGGGACCGGUUUAUACAUUUUCAAUUCCCACCAUAUGUACUAUGCCUAAAGCGUCCGACGUCUAAAGACCAAAAGACUGGUUUCACGAUCAACGUAUAAUAAUUAGUAUUGUGGCAUAGAAAGCGGAUCUAGAGUUUUAUGACGUCUCGUCAAAUAUAACAGAUUACAAAAAAAAACGCGACAAAUAAAGUGUAGCGAGUAUGCGUACCGUAAUAAGAAUAACUCGGACUGGGUUACGGACCCUGUGAUACAGUAAUUAGAGUCGUUAAUUGCUUGGCCUUCGUGGCGAAAGAGUAAUCUCUGUGUUGAUCUCAACAAUGCGUUGCGUUGACUCUGCGUUCGGUACGAGCUUUUAUAAUAUCCAUCUCAUUUCAUCUUUUUUUUUUUGUAAUACAGUAAAAGAAACUAGUCAAUAAAAUUUCGGGAAGGCAUUUAGCCGCAACACUAAAAAAAAAAAAGAUUUUUUUGAAAAUGGAAAGGCAAUAUUGUACAUGCAUAAUUUCACAGCUCGUCAACGGGGCGGAUAGCAUUGCUCGUUAGAUCGAAUUUCCAAAUGUCAUUGUUCGGUAAUUAAUUCUUCAAUAAAAUUAUUUCUAGCGCAGUUCAGACUGGAAUUCUUCAUUAGGUGACAAAUACACGGUUAUAUAAAUAAAAAAUCCUCGAAGAACAAAAUAAUGUAACAAAAAAUUGCUUGCGUUUUACUAAUGAACUAGUAAUUAAGAUCAAGGUCGUUGUUUCGUCUCCAUCCAGCCUAUUUCUAUGGCAGUCGUGCAAUCCGGUUUCAAAUGGUAGAACGGUAAUUAGAAUAAAAUUGAGAAGUUUAUUUCUCAAAGUUUGCAAUGUGAAAUCAUUCAGCCGGCGUGCUUCAAACUUCUAGUUUAGAUGUAGUGAGAAAUUACUUUCCUUCGGGAAAACUCGGAUCUUUAUCGGGAUACGAUGACACCCGAACUGUCAAUGAAUGAUCGUAAUAAAUAAGUGACAUUUUCAUAUCUAUUUUAAGGACCUUUAUUGUUUAGUAUCAAAUGUCAAAAUGGAUAAUGUCAUUGUAUAAUAUAGAGAUGAUACAACCAUAACAAUUAUUAUUUAAAACGGUAUAUUUACCAGUGUAUUAUACGAAAUGAGUUCCCGAGAUUUUCAAGUAAUAAUUGUUAUGUUCAGGAUGUGUGAACAUAAGUUUCGUCAGUAUACACAAUAUCUCUGCCUUCAGAUCUGUACUUCCUUAUUAAGUCUAGGUACUUUACUAUUUUAAGUCUAACGUCAUCUUUUUCCAUCAGCAUUUUCGUAUUAUUAGUAAUUUUCUUGAAUAAAAAAACCAUUUGGCGAAGUAUUCUUCUUAGUGAAAAAUCACAUCCUUUAAAAUUGCUUUUAUUGUAGGGACCUGUUUAUUUAUAAAUGAGAUGAAAGUUAUAAACCAUUCGUCGUGUCACUGCAUAAUUAAAAUCAUCAAGAUCUAGAUAGAAUUUCUUGCGUGGUCUACCCAGCUUAAUUUUGUUUGUGUUAGUAUUUUUUUUAUUUCUUUGUUCUACCUGGUUCAAAAUUUUUCUUAUUGUUGGUCUAGAUGUGCCCGUUGCGUUCGAAAUUCUCUGUUGAACUUUGCCAACAUACUCAGAGUUGUUGCUAUUUUUGAACUUGCUCUUUUCCAAUAUGAAGUACAGGUAAAUAUUAAAUAUAAUUCCUGGGACGAGAUUUUUUUACCGUUUUCGAGGUUUCGGUGUGGCUAUACAACAGUUUUAUAAGUAAUCUGAAAAUAUGAUUGAAACUAUAGCGAAUAUUUGAAUUGCGUAUUAUCCACUCUAUAUAUAUAUUGGUCUGCUGUUGUGCCUUACGCCUAGGGCUCUAAGAUGGGUAGGUACUGAAGCUAUUUGAGAGAGCACGUUAAAUACGAAUUUUUCCGAAAAAAUACGAAGUAAAAUCUUUUCUCACUAUAUCUAUAAGCUGUUAAAAUGAUUCAUCGACUUUAUUUUUUUACUUUUUUUAGGCUGAAUCUUAGCAACCCCUUCUAUUGAUCAUAAUCGUGAAAUAUUUUCGCAGUAGCACCUAUAUUUGUUAAAAUUAUGUUAUGAUUAAUUAUUUACAAUUAAUAAAUCUUGAAAUCUCUUCCUACAUUGUGAGGGUGACGAUAUAAUUUUAAAUCGCACCACGCAUAAGGUGUUUCACGGUCGCGGAUAAAAUCAUUUUUCGACUUAGUACUUCAGCCACAAUAUUAUUAUAGUUAUUUCGCAUUUCAUUAUUUUAUGGAAGUUUCAAACACGAAUAUGUGUCGACAAGUUCAAUGUGACUUAUCUCUAGGUCUAUGUUACCAAAUGUUGCUCUCCCAUAUAAUUUGAUAGAUUUUAUAAAUAAUUAUUUUGACGGAGUCAUUUUAAUGAUUCAUUCAUUCUUGGCAAUAUAUGAAUUGACCAAUAAGGUUUUAUUCUGUUUUAUACGAUACCGUCAUCCUCAUCGCGUAUAUUGUGAAUAUUCGAAGCUCCUAUAAUUUGUAAAUACGUAAAUACAUAGCACAUUGCAUUUUUUGUAAACCAAAGCAGAGUCUUGCCCCUCUAGUGUCCCUAUACAUUCUACGUUAAUUUAAUACAUUUACUUCUAUUUAAAAAUAUUUUUACCGUUUAAUCUCGCCUUCUUUAUUUUCACGAAUCACGAGAAUUGUAAAGUACUCCGAUCAUUUAAAAUAAUUAAAUAGAAAUUAAAAAAAGCGAGAUUAAAUGGCAAAAGUUGUUCUAAAUAUGUCUAUGAAAACCGAAGAAAAUGUUAUGUUUAGUUUGUGUUAUAAUAUGUAUCGUAAACAUAUCGUAAAGAAAGAUCGACACAGCUAUUAUUGCAUUACGAAAUAACGUAGUGGUACUAGUACUAAAGAAAAUAAUAAAUAUUUUUUGGACUCCUGAUAUAUAGGGCGGCACUAGUUUAGGCCCAUUGCACUCCGCCACUAUUAAUAAAGAAUAUAUUAUUAAAUAUUUUACCCUGAAUUGUAAUUUCAGCGUCUAUAAUAAAUGUCUUUAGAACCUUUAUAUUAUUGUGAAUUGUGAGACUAUACACAUAUACAGUUGUAAUCAUGUUUUGGAUUUUCUUUUUUAAAUAAACCACUUUAUUUUUA